AUGGGAAGCUCUGCGGGGAGUCCUGCAGGGAGCAAAAGAUCCAGCCGGAGCGACUCCAUGGCUGGGGCUGCUCCUCGAUCGAGCCCCGUUGGCAAGUUGAGCCCUCCAGGCAUUACAGAUGAGGCGCCUGCACAAGAACACCUGGGGCUGUUGCAUGGCGACGCCGUCAUCGAACCCGGCGGCAGUGACGAAGAGGGCGAAUUUUCACCCAGUGAAUACGAUUCCGCGUCCAUAAGCGACCAAUCUGACUCUACAUCGUUGGGGUCGAGCAUCUAUGACCACAGUUAUGUCAAUGGCAGACGCUAUCAUCGCUAUCGGCACGGCAGAUAUCCGAUUCCCAAUGAUGAGGCGGAACAAAACCGCGAAGACAUGCUGCAUACCAUGAUGCUGGAGGCAACCGACGGCAAGCUAUUCUACGCCCCGAUUGGAGACCAUCCGCAGAAGAUCUUGGAUCUGGGCACUGGCACCGGAUUAUGGGCCAUUGAGAUGGGCGACAGAUAUCCGAGUGCUGAAGUCCUAGGGCUUGACUUGAGUCCCAUCCAGCCGUCCUGGGUGCCUCCCAAUGUCAAGUUUCUCAUUGACGAUGUGGAGGCUGAGUGGCUCAACGGCGAUAACUGGGACUUUGUCCACUUGCGCAACAUGAUACCGGUGAUGAAAGAUCCCGUUGCGCUGCUCAAGCAAGCAUACGACAAUAUCAAGCCCGGUGGCUGGGUCGAGAUACAGGACGUGGACGGAGACGUCCACACUGACGAUGAUACGGUCCCGGACGACUGGCCUCUAAAGCGCUUCACUGAGGUCAUGCUUGAGGCUUUUGCCAAGUUUGGCACCAAUGCCCAUGCUGCUGUGUUCGGAGGGCAGUACUUGGCAGAGGCAGGUUUUGUCAACAUUCAGCACAACUAUAUCAAGCUCCCUUAUGGCACAUGGCCGAAAGACAAAAUCAUGCGACUGGUCGGCAUGUAUUACCGCACUGCCUGUGAAGAGUUCUUCCCUGCUAUGGGGGCCAUCCACUUCCCCAUGCUCGGAUGGGAGAAGACGGAGAUGGAAAUCUUCUUCAUGCAGUGUCGCCAAGCCAUGCGCGAUCCCACCGUCCACGCGUACGGCAAGAUGCACUUUUGGAGUGGGCAGAAGCCGUAUGAUGCGGAUUGA